UGAACGACCAGGUUAGUUGGAAGAAAUGAAAGGAGCUAUCAGACUAAUUUAUACACAAUGCGGGUGUAAUCUACGCAUGCGCGCGCCUCGGCUGCCUCAUAUCCCUGUGCCGCUCGUUCAGUGGCGCGCCGGACUGGCCGGUCGAUUCCGUGAAUUUACAAACACUAUCAUAUGUUUGGACAUAUUUCAAUAAAUAAUAUGAUGAUAAACAAUUAAUUUUCUAUGUUUUAGUUGUUGUGACGAGUGAAUGUUCCGUGUAUAGUUUGAAGGUCGCUUAUGAUCUUAUCGGGUCCCGAUUAUUAAGACAUGGACCAUCCCCAGGCAGGUUACCAUCUAGUGUUAGUAGUAUAGAUGGGAACUGCCCAGAGUUGAAGUUAUUAUCAUUUAUAAUGUUCAUCAGUGAUUGAGUUGAUAACAUAUAUACUGUGGGCUUGAUACAAGCCAACAUAACGGAAUAAUUUUUAGGAUCCGUUGUAUAAUCUGUGCGAUCUAAAACCAGAUAAUGAAAUUUAAACAUCGGCUGACCGAGAGAGCGGGGUGCAGGUGAGCGAUGGGUGCGAGGUGGGCGCGCGGCGCGGCGCUGGCGAUGGUGUGGUGCGCGUGCGCAGCGCGUCCGUCCGGCCCGCCCGCGCCGCACGCCUCGCCUGCGCCCGCGACUGUCUGCGAACCCCUACUUCUUAAGAAUACACCUCCCUAUCCACCGAAUGCCCGCGAAUACGAGGCGAUGGUAGUUCAGACUGCCCGAGCAUUGUCUGAGUUAGUAGAGCAGGGCGUGGCGGAUGAGCCGCGGGCUGCGGCGUUAGCUCGGGCUGCAGCGCGAACUCCGAUCCACCCGCCUCCUGCCGCGGUAGCACUCGGGGCUCCUCAACUUCACCUAGGAGUACUAUUUAUUUCAGAUCCUCCAAGGCUCAUUGUGUUUCAACAGAACAAUUCAGCUACCCUUCAACAGUUCUGGCGUACUCUGGCUUCUCCAUGGAAUGCUAGCCUGAUUCUUUGGUCCAAUGCUUGGUAUUCCUGCGAGGGUGGCCCGAGCUGGUGGGGUGGUACUGCUGCUGCAAGAGGUAUAGGUGCAGCACGAGCAGCAGCCGCACUGUUUCGAAAGAUUCCCUCACUGCCAUGCGAGGAAACAAUGUAUGAUUGGUUCGGAGGACCACCCUUAUGUGAUCCAUUAACAACAGAUUGUGAAGCUUCCCCAGUUGAAUAUGAAGACAGAAAACUUGAGUAUCGGUGCAAAUGUACAUCGGGACACUGGCACAAGGAAGGUAGCGGCUGGUUAGGCGCUUCGUCAAUAGCUGAAGAUGGCCAGUUAAAUUGUACCCCCUGCGGACUGGGCAGCAAUCCGGCAGCCUGCCUCGCAGACACCUACAAAGCAUCGUUACUUGCCGCCAACCUUGCCGGAAUGCUGCUCUGUCUUGUAAUAGCGUUCAUCAUAUUCAAGAAAAGAAAAAGCAAAGCAGUGGCGAUGGGCAUGUGGACGGUAUUGGAGGUCGUACUUCUUGGGGCAAUGCUAAUAUAUGCAUCUGCAGCAUCGCAAUACAUAUCAGCGGCACGUUGGCGAUGUGUCUCAGGAGCCUGGAUGAGAGAGCUGGGCUUCGUAGCCUGCUACGGAUCCGUAGUGCUGCGACUUUGGGUACUGCUGGCAGAGUUCCGGACUAGAAAAGCUCACCGCUGGACGCCCAGGGACGCAGAGGUACUACGAGUAGUGGCUGCUAUGUUACUAGGCGCUGUUUGCUACCUCUCUGCGUUCACAGCGACGGCCGCAUGUGAAGAUGAUGCGAGCGGGUGUGCGUUGGCUUCCUGGCACCACGUCACCGCCGCGGCUGAGCUCAUGUUGCUGAUUGCUGGUCUGAGGAUAGCUUAUGCUGCUAGAAACGCUAAUGUACCUUUCCAGGAACGCAGUUGGUUGACGGCGUCUCUAUGGACUGAGGGUGUAUGCGUGCUAUCUUGGCGGGCCGCGGCGCUGGCGGGCGCAGCUCCAGAGCGGUCCCCACUAGCAGCUGCAGUUCGAGCGCAUCUUUCUGCAGGCACCGCACUGGCUUGCGUGUUAGCCCCAAGACUCUGGCACGGUUACCGCACCAGAUCACUUGCUCAAGAGGUAUCCCGUCGUGGUCCAGCAGAAGGUUUCGGGGAAGGCGAGGAGGAGCCAACCUCGGAGGAAGUCCGGGCGGAAUUGAAGCGGCUGUACAUUCAACUUGAAAUACUGCGCAACAAGACCCUGAGACGAGACAAUCCGCACAUCAGCAAGCGCCGAGGGGGUCGGAAACCACCGCACAGGCGGUUCUCAUUACAGAAAAAAGGCAGUCGUGAAAAGGCUCUUCAAGCACGUCGUGGAGGGAAGAAUAAAGCGAGCACUGUCGAGGCUAGUGAGGGCGGAGAUGCGAGUCGUACGCCAGAAGACUCGGUCUGUUCCGCCGAGGGACCCUCACAUUACACGGACGCCGAUACGCAAGCGUGAUCACAUUCACGGUCAAUGUGAAUGUAACCUCAGAGACUUAAACACGAGCUAUUGUUAAUAUGGAAUUGAAAGUUGUUGACGUCACUGUAUUAUUUAUUUUGUUAGGAUAUUUAAUGUACUCGUAUAUUGCAUUUAAUGUUGGCUUUCUCAUUAUGAUGUUGUCUUAUUAGUGUUAAAAUCUCAUCUAUAAUUGUUCACAUGGAUGUAUUAUCUUACGACAUUUAGAUUAACCAUUUAAAUGGGAUGUUAAUUAGUUUUUACAAAUAGGUGUAGUCCCUUCUAAUACUUAAAACACUUUCUGAUUCACCCGGUAAUAGGAAUUGGUGUGUAAAAUAUAAAUAUUAUAUGCAUUUAUUGAUGUUGUCCUUGAUGCGUGUUGUUUAAAUAAUACCUACUUGAGAUUGUGAAAUAAAAAGGGUCUAGUGACUAGAGCAAUACAUAAAUUCUAGGGUUUUCAUAUCUUCCUACUAAAAUAUAUCUUAAUGUAUGAAUAAAUCAAACUGUAAAACUAUAUAUGUGUCCUUUAUUAAUACUUUGCUGUGGCUUUUACAAAUAUAUUGUUUAUUUAUACACGUGGCAUAUUUCUUAUACUGCUACUUCAUUGGCUUAUAAACAAAGACAACUAUAAACUGCUGUACUGAACUGGUAAUAUUGACUGUUUCCCAAAUGUUACUGUAAUAUUAUAAUAAAAAAUGUAUAAUUAAGUAAUUGUUUAGCGAACGGAAACUUUACUAUUAUUAUAAAUGAUUUUAUAUAAGAAACCUUUUUUAUUAUAUCCCUUUGGUAGAGAAAUUAAAUUGGCCAUUCUAUUUGUUUUUAUGUGAGCAUAGGAAAUUCAUAGUAAUCAAAAAAAUAUUUCUUUUUUUUUUUAGCUUCGAUAAAUGUUUCCAGCUUUUACGUUUGGAUGCCAAAAAAAAUGUGUAAAAAUAAUUAUAAAAAUAUAUUUGUUAAAUAAAUGAAUAAUAAACCGAAAA